UUGUAUGCCAUGAUGACCAUGAUGACCCUUGGUUUCAUCGAGUAAGGUAUGUGUGUGUAUGUGUGUAUUACACUCGCAUGAUCGCAUGCCGUCGUUCUUUUACCUUUUAGUGUAUAUAUGUCUGAGUGUUUCGAAGGGACGGGAUAGCAAGAUGGAUGGAAGCGAGGGUGAGAGAGUGCAGCAGAGGCAAUGCAUGUCAGAGACGGGGAGGUGGAACUGUGAAGCGACUGGGACUGGGACUGGGACCGGGACCGGGACCAGGACUGGGCAAAAAAAGAUAGGAAAGUUGAGAAGGAAUGAAAUCAGCCACUCGCCGCUGGAGGGUGUGCUGUCGAUCGUCAUUUUUGUAGAGUUGUUGUUAGUGUCACUGGCAUCACCAGUCAACGGGCUGCUUGACCUUGGUGGGUCUGUCAACGUGACAAACAUUUUGGCGACGGCGGAAAGCUACCUGGAAAAAUUUGGCUAUCUUUCAAAAUCUGUAAAUGUGACAGGACCGGGGUACUUCAACAAGUCUGAUGAAGCGACGAAAACUGCGCUGGAGUUCUUUCAGCUUUUCUAUGGACUGAAUCCGAGCGGAAGUGUUGAUCCUGACACGCUGGAUGUUAUGGUUCGUCCACGGUGCGGUUUCCCGGAUGUCGUACCUCUCCAGGGAUGGCACCAGGACACAGAACCGGGGACUUGGAACUGCUCAACUGGAAUGGUGUGGUGGAAUGGGUCGUGGGUCCCUUCGUCACAGUUGAGCCAGAGUUCUCGUCCGCAGGAAAAUGUUCUGAACUCGACCGCUUCUCCGGCGUCAGGUCAGGUCCUCAACUUUGAAUUCUUUCCCGGUGCCCCGCGGUGGGACAAGUUUGAGCUGUCCUACUUCUUCAUGAGCUUGUCGAAUACUUCGUCGCUAACGCACGAGCAAAUCAAGAACGCGAUCCGAAGCGCGUUCCAGUCGUGGCAAUCGAGGAGCAGCUUCCGAUUCACGGAAGUGACGAACGGCAGGGAUGCGGACAUUGAGAUUCGGUUCGCGGUUGGAGAGCAUGGCGACAACAGCCCUUUCGACGGGCAGUUAGGGGUCCUGGCACACGGCUAUUCGCCGCAGACGGGCUGGCUGCACUUUGACGAUGACGAGGUCUGGGUGGUAGAUCCGGACAAGGUGGCCGGCAGCGCUUUCGACUUAGAAUCCGUGGCGGUUCACGAGCUGGGCCACGUGCUGGGUCUAGGGCACAGUGCAAACAGAGAUGCCAUCAUGUACCCCAGCCUCAAGACCGGGACCGUGAAGAGGGAGUUGCAAGCUGAUGACAUCAACGGUAUUCAUCAGCUAUACGGCACCUCGGCGCCGGAAACACCGCCCGGAGACAAAUGCAGCGUUUGCAUGGGGAAGGCCGAUGGGGUGUACAUCGACGACUCCGCGGACUGCAGCCAAGGGUGCAAGUGCUCAGGAGGUAAGGGCCAGUCUCACCUCGGGUGCGCGAGGAAUUUCGGUUUGGCUGCUGAUGGACUCUGCUAUUCGUCGAAGGUCCUCCCGGGUCCAUGCAUGCCCAAUUCAGGGGCGCGAACCCCGCCAUCUGGCGGCUCCACCGUCAGGAGCUUCCAGCCCGUGUCGACCCCGAUAUCUGCGGCCAUUACGAAUACUCCGCUGACAUGGGGUACGAUCCUCGUUGGAGGAUUGCUCCUCAUCGUCCACAUCAUCGUGGCGUCUGAACUACACCCCUUCAAUGUCUAACCCGAGUAACUGCAAAACUCUGACAGCUGUCAGCUUGUCAGGAUGUCUGAUGUAUGUAGAUCAUUGCAUUUUCUCCUUUCUUCCCGUUGUCGACGACUGAAUGUCUUUUUUUUUUUUUUUUUUUUUUUUCCUGUUGCUAACUGGCUCUCUGACAGCAGUCAGCUGGUCUGCAUGUCUGACGCAGAUCAACUCACUGGCUGCUUUCCGUGUGUGGGCUUUUCCUGCAGUGGAUGGAACGUUGCUACCGUCUUCACCUGAAUAGAACGCCCGGUCAUUAUAGCGGUAUUCGGCAGCGAUAAUGACCGGGUGUUCUGUUCGGGUGAAGACGGUAGUUGCGGACUAGCUCUCGACACCGCUGUCAGUGCACUGCGACACGCCGACACCCAAUUCAUUUCUUUGAUGAAGCAUGGUGCCUUGCGGUUGGAGGGAGGUCUACACGAGGAGGUGAUGCGAGCCCUGAAUAAGGUAAGUUGGCCUGUUGUGUGGUGCAUUGAUACUUCGCACUGUGCCUUCAAGUUGGCGAUUGGAGCGACAAACGCGGUGGUUGCUUAUGAGAGGGCAAGAUCCGUUGAUCAGUUCUUUUACUAAUUCAUCAAGAUUGUUUGUUUAGGUAGAUUGUCCUCGGGCGGCUCAGCGAGGUCGGUCGCUUCAGGAGGGUUUCGUCGUUGCUUUUCCACGCACAAGGCGCUACCCUCCUCUCCGCAGAGUUGAUGGUGGGGUUCCCUACAGAUCACCUGAUUGAGGAAAACUGUCCUCGGGCUUUUGAGCUGCAUGUUCCUGUCCGCAGAGAUGAUCUAUUCGUUCAGAGGCUUGCUUCCAGAGCUCCACGAAUACUGUCCACUGGGCAGAGCUGCUUGUUCCAGAGACCGACUCCCGCCCCGCCAGCUUGGGGACCCCUUUCGCCGCCUGCUGGGGUCUUGACUGGGGUCUGACCGCCGUUUCGUUCGGAGUCUGAGUCCUCGGAAUCGGGUCUCACUUCACGGUAGCGGAAUCUAAAUAUAAUAACUCUGUUUUUAACUUUUUAGCCAGAUAUAGGUAAUUUACUAAUUGUUCAUCCUCCUACCUGGUGGGAAAGCCAAGCGGGGCUCUUCAGGUGUCAACUGUACAGGUCGAUUGCGGGUCUGAAAAAGGUGAUAACUGUGUUGUUAGUGGGAAUGCUUUAGGCCCAGGGGUGGUGGGACUGGUGUGGGCCCAGUGGUGGGAAUGCUCUGGGCCCAGUUUCAGGGAACUGCUGUCCCAAGAUUGAGUAGAGCAGGUCUGGUUUCUUCAGCAGUGUUUUAAAUGAACCAUGCUUGGGCUU